CAUACUUCAGAAGUGAAAAUGAAUAGCAGUAUUCUCCAAUCCCUUGCUUCAAAAUCACCCCUACCAACCAACCUUCUUCUUCUGAAACCCUCGUCUUCGCCAACAUGUAAUUACCUAUCUUUUCCUCGCCGUCGUCGACGGUUGCCCAAAGUUUAUAACAGCACCGUCGAUAAUAACAGUGAGGCCGCAAAACCACCAGUUCCACCGCCAGUAAGACCGCCGUCAGAUACUCUUCAAAUUCGGUUCAAAAGAGGGUCAAGAAGGCGUCGGCAGCUCUGGGAAGAAGGUGCCCGGGGAGAAGGGCAAAGGAUGAAUUCAAAGGCUGCAGCUGAAGCAGCUCCGAAGAAAUGGGAGGAAAUGAGCAUGACGGAGAAGGCUUUAGAGUUGUACGUUGGAGAGAAUGGUUUGUUGUUCUGGCUCAACAAGUUUGCGUAUGCUUCGAUUUUCAUCGUAAUCGGGGCUUGGAUAGUUUUCCGGUUUGUUGGACAUGCUCUCAAUCUUUACCAACUUGAUUCUCCUCUUGCUCCCACCUCCAUGUUCAACGGUUCUUGAUCCAUACCACACUGAUAUCCAUAUGUCUGAAAUGGGUCAUUGUACAUGAAUCGCUAAAAGCAUCGCCUCAUCGCCUCUCGUCGCCUCCGACGACUGAAUCGCCGCCUCAUGUAUUCGUCGUCGCCUUGAUGGUCGGAAGCUUUCUUCUGAACGCCUCGCCUAGCGCCUCAGGCGCGCUUUUUAAAACACUGGUCCCAACUAUUGGUGGGAGAGUGAUGCUAUCUAGCUCUAAGAAUGUGUCACGGAGAAUAAUCGAACCGUGCUAGACUUAGUUUCCAACCAGAACUUUAUGCAUUUUUAUUGUGAACUUUU